AUGGAGGGCCGUCCUCCGCCGUUGGCAUGGAAAGCAGAAUACGCAAAGUCGUCGAGAUCAUCAUGCAAGACCUGCAGGAGCCCCAUUGAUAAAGAAGAGCUCAGGCUUGGGAAAAUGGUUCAGGCCACUCAAUUUGAUGGCUUCAUGCCCUUAUGGAACCAUGCCGGCUGCAUUUUACGAAAAAAGAAUCAGAUAAAAUCGGCUGAUGAUGUAGCGGGCUUGGAAUUGCUUCGGUGGGGAGAUCAACAGAGAAUUAGAAAUUACGUAGAAGGCGAUGGGUCAUCAAAUAACUCUGCAAAAGCCCCUGCUUUGACUGUGUCAGCAAUUGGCAUCGACAUCUCACCAGCAGCCCGUUCUUCUUGCAAGCACUGUGGUCAAAAGAUUAAGAAAGGACUGGUUCGGAUAUCUACCAAGCCUGAUGGUCAAGGUUCUAAAUCUUUGGCGUGGCAUCAUGCCAACUGUUAUUUGGAAGUGUCACCAACCACACAAGUACAUAAAUUGCUUGGCUGGGAUAGUCUCUCACCUUCUGACCAAGAAGCUGUUCUUGCUUCUGUUAAACCAGUUUCUUCAGUUGUAAAAGAUGAAGAAACACUGGAAGAGUUGAAGCCUAGUGGAAAAAGGAAAAGAGCUGAUAGCGGUAAAACCAAACUUGCUAAAGGUGAUAUGGAUAUUGAAACAACCAAAACUGAGGACCCAUUUGAGGCGCAGACUAAUGCCUUUUGGAUCCUUAAAGAUGAUCUUAAGAAAUAUGUUUCUACGGCAGAGUUGCGCCAGAUGCUUGAGAUUAAUGAUCAAUGUUCAACCGGAAACCAGGAUCUUUUACUAGGCCGCUGUGCUGAUGGAAUGCUUUUUGGAGCUCGUGGAAGAUGCCCAAUCUGUGGAGGACAUCUCCAUUACUCUGCCGGAAUGUAUAAAUGCCAUGAUUAUUUGUCAGAAUGGGGCAAGUGUUCUUACUCGACAACUGAGCCAAACCGUUUCCAAGGAAAAUGGAAAAUCCCUGAAGGGACUAGUAAUGAAUAUCUUUUGAAGUGGUAUAAGACUCAAAAGGCAAAGAAACCAGCACGCAUACUCCCGCCUACACCUGUAACACCUACAAAUAAGGGUGCCAAUGGGAUGUCCCAUUCAUCUAAGAGUGAGAAUUUAGGGGACCUAAAGGUUGCAAUUUCUGGGGUGUCAAAUAGCUCUUUGGAGAUGUGGAAGACCAAAAUUGAAGAAGCCGGUGGAGAGGUUCACCAAAAGAUCCAAAAAGGUGUAAAUUGCUUGGUUGUUAGUGGGGAUUUGAGUGACCAAGGUGCUGAGAUGAGGAAGGCAAGGAGGAUGAAGUUACCUAUUCUGCGGGAACAAUACUUGGCUGACUGUGUAGAAAGAAUUAAAAAACUUCCUUUUGACUUGUAUAAGAUUGAGGCUAUUGGGGAGAAGCACAGUACGGUGGUAGUCAAAGUGAAAGGUCGAAGUGCCGUGCACGAGUCGUCGGGCUUACAGGACUCUGGUCACAUCCUUGAAGAUGGGAAUAGCAUUUAUAAUACAACUUUGAGCUUGUCAGAUCUGUCCACUGGUGUCAAUAGUUAUUAUAUCCUUCAAAUCAUAGAAGAUGACAAAGGGUCAGAUUGUCAUGUUUUCCGGAAAUGGGGACGAGUAGGAAAUGACAAGAUUGGUGGUAUCAAAUUAGAUGAGAUGGAUAAGGUAGAUGCAAUAGAAGAAUUUAAACGGUUGUUUCUGGAGAAGACAGGGAACUCUUGGGAGGCAUGGGAAAGUAAGAAAGAUUUUCAGAAGCGACCUGGGAGAUUUUAUCCUCUAGACAUUGAUUAUGGCGCGGACACAUCUAAAAGGAAAACUUUCGACGAUUCGAAAAGCCAACUUGUACCCGCUUUGCAGCAAUUGAUGAAGAUGCUUUUCAAUGUAGAGACAUACAGGGCUGCAAUGAGGGAAUUUGAGAUUAAUAUGUCUGAGAUGCCUUUAGGAAAACUCAGCAAGAGCAAUAUUCAGAAGGGUUUUGAGGCGUUAACAGAGAUACAGAAUCUGCUGGAAGAUAUAGCAAGUAACCCUUCCGUGAAAGAGAGUCUUAUUAUUGCUGCAAGCAAUCGGUUUUUCACACUUAUUCCUUCAAUUCAUCCACAUGUGAUCAGGGAUGAAGAUGAUUUUAAGUCAAAGGUGAAAAUGUUAGAAGCUCUUCAAGACAUUGAAAUAGCUUCUCGACUGGUGGGUUUCAAUGGCGAUAAUGAUGAUUCUCUUGACAGAAAAUAUGAGAAGUUGAGAUGUCAAAUUUCUCCGUUGUCCCCUAAUAGUGAAGAUUAUCGAUUAAUUGAGAAGUACCUCCAUACUACUCAUGCUCCCACACAUACGGAGUGGUCCCUGGAAUUAGAAGAAGUGUUUGCUCUUGAAAGGGAAGGGGAAUAUGACAAGUAUUCUCCUCACAGAACAAAACUUGGCAACAAAAUGCUUCUAUGGCAUGGUUCUCGGCUGACAAACUUUGUGGGUAUACUUAGUCAAGGUCUGAGGAUUGCUCCUCCUGAAGCUCCAGCCACUGGUUACAUGUUUGGAAAGGGGGUUUAUUUUGCUGACUUGGUCAGUAAGAGUGCUCAAUAUUGUUUCACUCGCCGAGAUAAUCCUGUGGGAUUAAUGCUACUUAGUGAAGUGGCUUUGGGGGAGAUGUACGAGUUAAAGAAUGCAAAGUAUGUGGAAAAGCUGCCUCGGGGGAAGCACUCUACCAAAGGUCUGGGCAAGACUGUACCUCAAGGUUCUGGCUUUGUUAAGUGGCGUGAUGAUGUCGUUGUUCCCUGUGGAAAACCUGUCCCAUCCUCCAUCAACACCUCGGAGCUUAUGUACAAUGAAUAUAUUGUCUAUGACACUGCUCAAGUUAAGUUGCAGUUCUUGUUGAAGGUGCGGUUUCAUCAUAAACAUUGA